AUGACCUACACGGCGACGCUCGACAGCUACCUGCCCCGUUCCCAGGACCUGCUCGCGGCUCUGCAACAGCUCUCGUCCCAACUCGUCGCCGCCCGACUCGACUCGUCCUCCUCCUCCAACACGACCGCGACCGACGAGGUCUCGACGCUCAACAUCGAACUGGCGACACAAGAGGCCGGGCCGCUCUUUGCGGCGCUGCAUGCAUGGAACAGGAAAGGGCUCGGCGAGAUCGCCGCGCUGAGGGACGAGACGAUGGAUGCGAGGAUCAAGAUGGAGGAGGCCUACUUGAGGUUGCAGGUAGGCUGUCACCCGUCAAGGGUGCGCAAGCAGUCGAAAUCGACGACUGAUCACACCUUUGGUCAUCACAGAACCUCAUGUUUGAAAAGGAUCAUUUGCAGAGAGAGAUCCUGGCGUGCCAACUCUACGAGUACGUUUCCAGCUCGGAUGCCUGGCUGUUUGUUCCUCCCGUCACUCAUUGACUCGGAUACGGUCCCCAGAUCCGAGUACCAACACCUUCCCUUGAUCCCCGAGGACGAAUUCCUUGCAAUCGCGCAAUCGCCGCAUCAGCAACCGGAAGAAGUGGUCCAACUGCUCGAAGAAUGGACUCAAAAGAACCCGUCCGACCCCGACCCGAGCACGGCCCUCAAGGCAGCACUGAUCGAUGAUCCCCAUCAACUCAUGCUCACUCGACUCCAAAACGAACACAACGAACGCAAGAGGUGAGUUGCCGCUCGCCGGCUCUUAACGAGGUCCCUCGCGCGGUAAGAAGGGCAGGCUGACGUCCGCGCCGCUCUCUGCCAGAUUGGACCGGGACAAGAAGGAACUCUCGGCAGUGAAGGCGGCUUUGGUCAAGGAGAACGAGAGGAAAAAAGCGAGAUUGGACCAGUUGGAGCAACGGUUAGAGUUGUUUGUCAAGGUGUGUUCAGAGCGAGGAAACGGACUCUUCCCUUCCCUUAAAAGGCGAAGCUGACCGUCCCGCCCCGGGAACUCUUUCACAGUCGGCCAAGACGAUCCAAACGACGAUGCACGGCGACGAAUCCAUGGCCGUCGUAUCAUCCAACAAGCUUGGUCAGGACGAGACGUCCGCUUCCACGGGGACAAGAGAAGACGGAGAGCCGACGUUGAAAGGUGCCGAACAGGAUGACCCGACGAUGGUGGUCGAGGAAGGGAUGGUCGUCGACGAGCCCUGA